AUGAAGGCGCGAAAUAGCAACAACAACAAGAUCUCAGCCUCACCUCCCAGCAACUCGCCCACCGACGUCCCGCAGCUGGGCACCAACUGGGGCAACAUCUCGCGUCAUCUCUCCAGGUCGUACGAAGAUGUGCCGCAUACGGGCGGCGAUCCUCAGGCCGAUCUCACGCUCGCCGGCGGCCAGUACGCCUCCAGCUCCUUCGACGACUACAUCGAUCUCCAGAGGCGCGAGAAGGAGGCCAAGCGGAAGGACAAGGAGGACAAGGACGCCAAGAAGCGCGCCAAGGAGGAGGAGAAGCGCAAGAAGAAGGGCGACAAGGCCGAAGCCAAGAAGGAGCGCGAGCGCGAGAAGGAACGCGAGAAGCAGGAGGAGGCCGAAGAGUGGGAGCGCGGCUCCGAGCAGCAGCAGCAGCCGGCCGAGAGCGAGAAGGAAAAGGAGAGGAAGAAGCGCGAGAGGAUUGCGUCGUCACUGGCGCGCAUCGGCCACAAGGGAGCUCCGGGUCCGGCGGACGAGGUGGGGGCGCAGACGUUCGUGCGCUACGCCGAGAGCGAAGACGAAACGCUGAGCAUCGGCAAGAAGCGCGACAGGGACGCCGCCGUCGCCACGACCAUCGUCACCAGCGGCCUCCCCGACGGCAGCAGCGACGACAAGCAGCCGAUCGAGCAACUGGCGGUGCUGCAGCCGCAGAAAGAGAGCAAGAAGAAGCGGGAGAAGGAGAAGGAGCGGGACUCCGAGCAACAGCAGCAGCAGCAGCACAACGAUAAGGAGGAGCAGGCCACGUUCGACCAGAAAAGCGAAAGGAAAGAGUCGAAGAAAAAGAAGGAGAGGGAUAAAGACGAGCCGCCGCUGCAGCAGCAACAGAAGGUCGAAGACGGAGACGAGGACAAGAGCGGCGGAAGCGACAAGGACCGGGAGAAGCGGCGUGAGGUGCGCAAGAACAUUUCGCCCAGCGAGGAGAGGCGCAAGCGCGACAAGCGCGAGGAGAAGAUCAAGGCCGAAAGAGCGAAGGAAAAGAACGAAAACGGAGCCGGGAGCGAUAGCGAAACGCCCGCGACGCCCGUGGCGAAGAAGAAGCCGCUGGCCGGAAGCAGGGAGGGCAAGGCGGCGAGCAAGGCCGCCAAGGAGGAGCUUCGUGAGAAGAGACGCUCGCUGGAGAGAAAGACCAAGGAGGGCGACCUAGCACUCGGCCAGGUGACUGGUGCACCACCCACAUCGACCGCGCUCAUCGUCGUCUCCAGUGGCAGCGCCCCUGUGGAAGCGGAAUCGAGCGGCGGCAGCGCACGCAAGGUGUCGGGCGGUGCCAGCGCUCUUGGCGGCGGCGGGACCCAGCCUGACCGUGAGGACUCAGGCGAGUUCUAUCGGCACCUGAGCGAGGGCGUCCCGCGUAUCCUCGACCAGGUUCUCACGCCCCAGCGCGUUCGACGCGACAAGCCCGAGGCCGCAGGGGCACUCCCGAGCACGACCGAAGAACUCUCAAGCGCGACCGCCGAUGCCGAGGCCGACACCGAAGCUGCCGUCGAGCCGGGUGCUUCCGACACCGAACCGCUGGCGGCCGACGUCGCAGCGUCGGGACCGGCCAGCGCCGGCUCCGGCAUCAAGCUGACCCGCUCUACGCUGGCCAAGAUCCUCUUCGAGGAGCCCGACGCCGCAGGGGCAUCCCCCGUGGCCACCGACGAACUGCAACGCGAAGAGCCGCCGCUGCCUGAGGUGGAGCAGCCCAUGGAAGACGAGCCGUGGGCCAUCUACCUGGGAAUGGUGGGUCCGAACGCAGACGACGAGGAGGCCGAGGAGGAGCUGCUGCACCUCUACCAGCAGCAGCAGCACCCGUUCAGCGCCGAGGAGCUGGGCGGCGAGACGUUCGUCACGAUGCACGACGACCUGGCGCUUCCGCGCUCGCAGUCGUACUCGCCGACGCUUACCGCGGCGACCCGCCCGAUGCCGAUCGGAUCGCCCCUGCGCGUGUUAUCGCCCCCCGGCAGCGCGCCGUCCGAGCGUGCCAGCAGCGCAGCAGUCCACUCGACUUCGCCGUCACCGCCGCCCAGCGGCCUUACGAUUCAGCCCUCGCCGCGGUCCCAGUCGCCGCCGCCCAGUCCACCGAGACUGGAUCGACCCACCCCGCACCGCUACCUGCAGCCCGAUCGCUCGAUCACGCCGCCCACGGCGUCGACGUCGGCUUCGACGUCGGCGCAUCUCAUAUUGUCCGACGCGGACCGGACGACUAGCGCGCCGGUGCUUCCCCCGUCAUCGCUGGGGAGCGGUGUCUCAGCCAUGACUGCGCUGCCAGCGCACCUCCACAUCGACCCGUCGACAGACUACCGCAAGGCCAUCGCUCGCGUGGCUGCGCAGCUCCACCCCGACCUCGCGCUCUCCAAGAUGAGUCUCGUCGUCAUGAACAAGAUCGUCAAUCUCGUCUUCGACCGGAUCGCAACCUUGGCCGCCCAGUUCGCCCGCGACAACAAACGCAACACGGUCACCUCGCGCGAGAUCCAAAUGGCGGUUCGCCACGUGUUCGCUCAGGAGGGCACGAACAUGGCAACGCAUUGUAUCGCCUUCUCCAACCAAGCGGUGCACAGCCAUUUCGCCCUCCAGGAGAAGAUCAAGCGCGAAGAGGAGCGAGUGCUGCUCGCCGCCGAGCAGCCUGCAGCGACGGCUCCGUCGGAAUCCGCCGCGCGGGGUGGUGCCGAUGCUGGCAAGCCGGCGCCUGUCGGCGAAGGACUCAACGCGGACGACUCGAUAGCCGUCGCAGGCGACCAGAUUUCCGCCGACGCGCCCGCGCCGCUAUCGACAUCUCCCGAGACCGGCAGCGCCCUCGUGUAUGCCACGGACGGCGGGGUGGUCGAUCUGCGUCGGCCGAGCUACGGUGCCGACUCGACCAGCGGCCACGACGAAUUUGUGCCGUACGACGUGUCGGUCCCUGACGCCGUCGUCGAAUCCCUGUUGCCGACGGCCGACGAGACAACCGUACAAAGCGGCAGCAGCAGGCCAGGCCCCGACGAGGUGUUGCUUCUCCGCCAGCGAAUGAUGGCGGAGAGGAAGGCGUCGCUCGCGGCGAUACUGGACGGCUCGGCCUCCAGCGCGGGCGGCCAGCGCAAAGCGGGCCGCGAGGAGAAGCGGACCAGCGGCACCGACCAGUUCUACCAGAUGAUGAGCCAGGGCGCCGAGAAGAACCUCCAAAGCGGCGGGGCCGUCAGCAGCAGCUCGGACAGCGAGGUCGACCGACCGACGAAGAAAAAGCCGCCGCCGACGCACCACCGCGACACGAAGAGGGACGGCGCCGCGGGCAAGAGGAAGAAGAAGCCGUCGACGCAUCAGCAGCAGGGAGCGACUACCCACAGCAGCGGCGAGGAGCGCGACAGGGAGAGGGAGAAGAAGCCGGGCAAGCACAACGGCAAGCGACGCGGGAGCGCGCGCAGCCUGAGCAGCGGAAGCGAGGACGAGGGCCGCUCGAAGAGCCGCUCCAAGCGCGGGCGGGACCGGAGCAGUAGCAGCAGCAGCAGCAGCGACGGUGGUGGCGGAGGCAACAGCGAGAACAGGGACAGGCGCAUCCGCCGCAAGCGGAAGGUGCGCCGAAAGCACCACCCCUCGUCGAGCAGCGACGAUUCGAGCGAGAGCGAGAGCGACGAGGCCACCACGAAGCGGCGCGGCAAGAAGGAGCGGGACAGGGAGAAGAGGAAGAAGCGCCGGUCGGCCAAGAUAUCGAGCAGCAGCGAGACUGACAGCGAGCGCGAGAGGCGGCGCGAGAUGCGCGAGAAGAAGCGGAAGGAGCUCGACAAGCUGGGCGAGCUGAGCACCAGCGACAGCGAGAAAGAGAAGCGCCGACAGAAUCGCCGCGACAAGCGGCGGCUGAAGGAGAAGGAGAAGCAGCGUGCCAAUGCCAACGCGAGCAGCGACAGCGACCGUGAGCGCAGGCGUGCUAAGAGGCGAAAAGAGAAGGAGAAGGCGAAGCUCCACAACGGCGGCAGCAGCAGCAGCAGCUCGGACACCAGCCCCGACUCAAAGGAGCGCAAGCGGCGGCGCAGGGAGAAGAAGCGGAAGGAGCUGGAGAAGCUGGGCGAGCUGAGCUCGAGCGACAGCGACAAGGAGCGGCGGCGGCGCGAGAAGCGAGCACGCGAGCGUCGGAAGAAGGAGGCGCGAGGCGGCGGCAACAAACUGACCACCAGCAGCAGCGAUACCGACCUCGCUGCCGACAAGGACCGAGGCAGCAAGCAGCAGCGCAAGGGCGGCGCAGGCAGCGGAGGCAAGGACAAGCGCGACAAACAGCAGCAAAAGAGGAGGAACAAGACCGCGUCAAGCAGCAGCAGCGACACGACUGACCACGACAGCGCCGCCGAGCGUCGAAACAAGACGAGCGCCAAGCAGCGCCGCCGGAUUAAGCGCGCCGCGGCCGAGGCGGCUGCCGCCGCCAGCAGCAGCAGCUCGGACGCCAGCUCGGGGAGCGACACGGCCGGAAGUCGGCGACGCGGCGGCGGUAGCAGCAGCGACGACUCGUCCGCGGCCGAGCGCAAGGCCGUCGCCGAGAAGCGGGAGCGCAGGAGGAAGCACAAGGAGAAGGACCGCGAGCGGCGGAGGGAGCGCGAGGACAAGUACAAGGACCCAGCCCUGUCUGCUGCCGUCGCCGCCACGCCCGCCACGCCGCCGGGCAGGAAAGACAAGGACAAGGACAAGGAGGGCGCAACCGCUGCCAACGUCGGCGGGGCGCCGGGCAGUGCCAAGCCGCGCAAGCCGAAGCCCGCCGUCGGCGGCGAGCAGCGACUCGCGGCACCGCACGACCCGCACACGCACACACGCACACCCUCGCGAGGGUGA